UUAUUCAGUACAAAUAUAAUAAAAAAAAACCUGUCUUGUUACCCAUAACCCCAAUCAAUUAUCUAUUGAACCAAUUUGAUGACAUCCCUUUAUUAUGUGCCAAAUAUAGAUUUCAUCCAACUCAAGUGGGGUGAGUCACUUGUUAUGCAAACACUUACGCGACCCUUAGUUUUUUUUUUGUUUGUACCCUGCAAAUCUCCCACCAAGCCUCCUUCCUCUCAUAAUCUCCUUAUCUCCUCAGAGUCUCAAACCCUUCUUCUUCCUCUCCUCUCCUCUCCUCUCCUCUUUCCCUCAGUUCUUCUGCCUUUCAUUUCACAGAAAAAUGUCAACAGCGACAAACCUUUCGCUCAAAACCCUUUCAAUGUCGCAUACUUGCUUCACUACUUCCCUUCAUACUCCCUCAAUUUUCAACCCUAAAUCAGUUUGUUUCUCAAUUCCGUCAAAACCCACAAAACUCAAUCUUUCCCUUUCUUAUUAUUCACCUUUUUCUCUCCAAAAACCAAACUUUCCAUCAACAAUCGUGUCCCAUGUUGCUCAAACCUCAGAUUGGGAGCAAGAAGGUUCAAAUGCUGUUCUUGAAGAAGAAUCAGACCAAGAAGGAGUUAAUUGGGGUAAUGAAGCUCAAGUUUCCGACUUAAGUGGUGAAGAGGAAGGAGAAGUAGAAGGAGGUGAGGGGUUUCCAGAACCUCCUGAAGAGGCCAAAUUAUUUGUGGGUAAUUUGCCAUAUGAUGUUGACAGUGAGAAAUUGGCUCAGCUUUUUGAUGGGGCUGGUGUUGUUGAGAUUGCCGAGGUUAUUUACAACAGGGAAACUGAUAGGAGUAGAGGGUUUGGAUUUAUCACCAUGAGUACUGUUGAAGAAGCUGAAAAGGCUGUGGAAAUGAUGAAUGGAUAUGAAUUGAAUGGAAGACUCUUAACCGUAAACAAGGCUGCUCCGAGAGGAUCACGUCCAGAGAGGCCUCCUCGAGAGUUUGCUGCUUCUUUCAGAGUUUAUGUUGGUAACCUUCCAUGGGAUUUGGACAAUGCUCGUCUUGAGCAAGUUUUCAGUGAAUUUGGGAAGGUUUUAAGUGCCAGAGUAGUUUUUGAUCGCGAGACUGGCCGUUCACGUGGAUUUGGCUUUGUCACUAUGGCUUCGGAAUCAGAGAUGAAUGAUGCCAUUGCUGCUCUUGAUGGACAGACCUUGGAUGGAAGAGCUAUCAGGGUAAAUGUUGCCGAAGACAGACCAAGACGCUCUUUCUGAUUCGCUCGUUAAGCAGUAACACAACACUGCUGGUUGAUAGUUUUAGUUUUCUUCAAUCUUUUUGGCCCCUACUCUUUUGGUUGAGACUAUUUAUAGCUUAUAUUUUGACAGAGGCUGUUCCGAAAGAAUGUUGUGAUUUUAGUUAGUUCAUGCAAUGACCGCGAUUAUUGUAACUCGAAAUGGUUUAAAAUUUCAUUACAGUUCAAUUUGUUGUAUCUAUACGUGUAUACCGGUACACGGCCUUCCCUUUCCAA